AUGGCAGCACUUAGAGGAGUCCUUGUUUCCAGCAGCUGUAUGACAAAUUGUGUAGAAAAUGAGGCUCAGUAUUUAAGUGUUUCCACAAGUAAUCAAGAAAAAAUACAAGCGCUGACUGAAAGACAAGAGAGAGUUAAACAGGAGUUGGAAUACAGAAUUACCAACACAUGGAACAGUAUGCCAGUGAUUCAUACACCUGUAUCUCUCAAAUUUAAGCCUACGGUUCAAGGCUUAGUGAUGAAAGUGUAUGCUCCUUUCUUUAAUGAUCCUCCAGCACCACCAGGGGCACCAGGACAAGCUUUUAAUGGACUCUGGGAGUAUGAAGUUGUUGAAUCGUUUUUUUUGAACAGUCUGACUAAACAGUACCUCGAGGUGGAACUUUGCCCGCAUGGGCAGCAUCUAGUGCUUCUGCUGUGCGACGGUGAUGCAUUGGUAAAAGAACUGGAUUUACAAUUUGAAGCCAACAUUAUUGGGAAGAAGUGGAUUGGAAAUGCACUUAUUCCUUGGGAAUAUUUUCCACCUGGUGUUGACAAGAUGAAUUCAUAUGCAAUUCAUGGAUCUGGAAUUAAAAGAAUUUAUGAAGCCCUUUAUCCAAUACCAUCUGAAGAAAUUGAAGUUGGACAAGAGCCUGAUUUCCAUCGUCUUGAGUAUUUUAAAACUUUCAGUCUGAAGUGGAUUAUGGGAGAUGACUGGGAGCAACCAGAUUCAAAGCUAUGGAAGGAGCAUUGCUGUGAGAUUUUACCUUCUGACAACUAA